AUGCAUCCCCUGGCACUGCUCGGGUGCCUGGUGGCUCUGAGCCACUGCGCUCUCACGACCAAAGUCUGUCCCAGGCCACCAGAAGUGUUGUUUGCCACACUCAAUGUAGACAAAAAGGUGUAUGAAGUGGGUGAGGAAGUGGAGUACACCUGCCGGCCCGGGUUCAUGCCCAACAGUGGCCAGAGGAAGUACACGUGCCUCCCGACGGGCAAGUGGGCCUUCAACACCCUGCUCUGCCUCCCAAAGAGAUGUCCCCCUCCUCCACCCCUGCAGAAUGGGAAAAUGGAUUUUGAAGAGUUUCAGUACCAGAGUACUGUAACUUUUUCAUGUGAUCCAGGCUACAACCUCGUCGGGUCAAGAACGAGCCAGUGCAUGGCAGAUGGAAAGUGGACUGGAACUUCUCCCCAGUGUCAACCUGUGACUUGUGCACCUCCUUCGCUCCCAGAAUUUGGGGUCAUCUCUUUCCGCCGCCUACAUCCUGGAAAUGUCUCUCAUUUCCUGGACACAAUCCAGUUUGAAUGUGUCCCUCCUCUCGCCCUGAUUGGGAAUGAGACAGCCACCUGCAUGGCCAAUGGCACCUGGAGCAGCAUUCCAGUGUGCAAGGUUGUCAACUGCCCCACUCCAAUAGGAAUAGAAAAUGGGUUUAUAGAGUUUGCUGUGCGCAGAACCUACCACUACAACGAGAGUGUCAGCUUCGGCUGCCAGCCCGGCUUCGUGAUGGAGGGAUCCAAACAUUCCCGCUGUGAGAACACUGGGAACUGGUCCACAAAGCCAGUCUGCAGAGCACCAUGUAAAAUACCAGUUAAGAAAGCUGUAGUGUUGUACAACGGUGAGAAGAAGAGAGUUCAGAAUGAUCUGAAGGAUGGCAUUCUGCAUGGGGAAACUGUAUCCUUCUUCUGCAAGAACAAGGAAAAAUCCUGUGCCUACACUGUAGAUGCGGCAUGUGUGGAUGGCAACUUCACCCUCCCUGCCUGCUUUAAAGAACGUGGCUUUUUCUCAACUCUGGUGAAGAAAGACCCCUCAGAGAUGAAAGCAUGUGAAGAUGAAGCCUGAAGCAGAGAAAUAACCCAGUACUAAAUUUCUGCCUUACUGAGACAGAACAUUCCAUAUAC